AUGAGUAUUGGCUCUGAUAUCGGUGAUCAUGACCACGAACAGGGCAUCCCGCCCCCUGCAUAUGCAUAUCAUGGAAAACGACGAUCAUGUAUGAGGAAAUCCUUAUGGGGUAUCCCUAUCAUAGCCGCUUUUAUUGUGGUCUAUCAUUUCCUACUGCCUCAACUUCACCGUUUUCGCUUUCGCGCCGACCUGACCUGGUAUGACAUCGGUCUCUAUGGCUUCGCACCCUCCCAAAAUUACCAUAGCUUCGACUACGACGCCCCAAUCCUCGGCUUUAUUGAGAACGAUGCCCGAUGCAGUCGCGACUACCUCUUCUUUGCGCCAAAUGGGGAUUCCAAUCCAGAGCCAGGACCUAUAAUCCUCGAUGCCGAUGGGGAAUUAGUUUGGCGAUUAGUUGAGGGCCUCGAGGGAGUGACGCAGGACUUCAGAGUGCAGCAAUACAAGGGUGAAAGGUUCUUAACUUUUUGGGUUGGUGAGGAGAUUGAUGGACGGAAACAAGGUUACUGGUACAUGCUCGACUCCUCGUAUAAUGUUCGAUAUCGUCUCUCCCCUGGUGGAGACUUUACCACAGGCGAUAUGCAUGAAUUUCAUCUUACCCCGGAAGGAACCGCCCUCGUUGUGAUUUAUGAUCCGAUCCCGGCCGAUUUGACACCGAUUGGAGGGCCAUCCGAGGGCUGGCUCCUGGAUGGAGUGAUACAAGAGAUCGAAAUCGAGACAGGGGAAGUUCAAUUCGAAUGGCGCGCGUCAGAGCACUUUUCCGUGGAGGAUACAUUUCAUGGAUUGACCGGCUGUCAGGAAACGCAUGCCGCCGCGUUCUCAGGAUGUGGAAAGUCGCCAGACGCCGCCUUUGAUUUCUUUCACCUCAAUAGUGUGGAGAAGGACCCCGCUGGAAAUUACCUGGUCUCGAGCCGAUACACCCACACCAUUAACGGAGUGAGUGGCACCGAUGGGAGUGUUCUUUGGACAUUAGGAGGAAAAUCCAACGACUUCCAAGAUAUGUCAGAGGAUGGAUCUGCGACUGGAAUCUCUUGGCAACAUCACGCCCGUUGGUACGGCAACAGCAGUAUCACAUUGUUUGAUAAUGCAGUGGAGGAUAAUUCCGAUCCUUCUAUAGAGAGCCGAGGUCUUAUCAUCGACUUGGACAUUCCUAACCGACAAGCUUCUCUACGAGCGGCAUUUUCACAUCCUCAAGGCAUGGAAGUUGUGUCAUUGGGGAGCGUGCAGGUACUUGAAGGAAGCGAAAAUAUUUUUGUUGGCUGGGGCCAUAGUGCUGCUUUUACAGAAUUUGCUCCGGAUGGUAGCGUGCUCUGCGACAUGCAUUACGGUCCAUCAGCCUGGAAUACCUUCGGUCGCACAAAAUCCUACCGAGUCUUUCGAGGUGACUGGAUCGGACUUCCGACUCAACCUCCGGAUGUGGCUAUCGAGGAUGAGAUGUUGUAUGUGAGCUGGAAUGGAGCCACUGAGGUGGACCGCUGGCAACUUGAGGUGAAAGGAGAUGAUGAUUCCUUUUUCAUUUUUUCUCAAGUAUUCACAACUGGCUUUGAAACCGAGAUUGAACUUACAUCACAGCUCCUACAGGGCUCCUCAAUCCGUGUACUCGGGUUAGAUAUCGAGGGCAACACUCUGGGAUCGUCUGACGUACUUCAAUUAACGUCACAGGGAAGAAAUGUUUCAGCAUUCCUGGCCAGUUUUGGCGUCGUCGGGUUGCUCUUGGCGAUUGCUGGGUGUAUAUUCUUGUUGGUGACCAAACGACGAGCUACAAUAUUGAAGCAAAGAGACCAGUACCAGUUACUCCAAAUGCGGUCCUGA